AUGGCUCCCGAUAGAGGCGCACCCUCUCACACCCACUCCCCCUCCACGUCCGAUAUUGAAGACCAUGAAUUGCUUCCGCAGGCCGGUCAACAGCAAGAUAUCUCCCGCUUACAAUCUGACCAUGCCCGUUAUGCCGUCCCUGGCGCGUAUGACUCGGCCUUGGAUGGGACAAACUUUACAUUUCGAGGUGUUGCAGUAGGAACAGGCAUUGGAGUUCUCAUCGCCUUUUCCAAUACAUACUUUGGCCUGCAAACCGGUUGGGUGUCUGGGAUGGCAAUGCCAGCCUCUCUGAUCGGAUUCGCCGUCUUCAAGUCGCUAUCUCGCUUUUUGGUCCUCCCUUUUACGCCCGUGGAGAAUGUCUUAGUCCAGACGGUUGCUGGAGCGGUUGGCACUAUGCCGCUGGGACUGGGGUUCGUUGGCGUUAUGCCCAGCAUACAGUUUCUGCUUAAAGAGAGUGAGGGUGCCCCGGUUGACCUGAGUCUCUGGAGGCUGUUUGUCUGGGGCAUUGGGCUCUGCUUGUUCGGCGUCGUGUUCGGAGUCCCCUUACGAAAACAGGUCAUUAUCCGCGAGCGCCUCAAGUUCCCCAGUGGGACUGCGACAGCACUCAUGAUAAGUGUUCUGCAUGGUGGUUCCAAGAGCGAAGAGGCCAAGGAUCGAGAAAUCGAAACCCAAGGGACCGAAGAACGCGAGGAACUGUUGAGGGAAAGCGACCGAGACAACCAACCAGAACAGGCGGAAGGACGUGAUAUGCGAGGAGAUUGGAAAAGGCAAAUUCGACUUCUCGUGGUUGCCUUCCUUGGCUCCGGCGCAUACACCUUGGUUCAAUACUUUCUUCCUAUUUUCCACAAACUGCCCGUCUUUGGCACCCACCUGGCGAACAAGUGGGAAUGGACACUCAAUCCUUCGCCCGCAUAUGUUGGUCAAGGUAUUAUCAUGGGACCUGCCACCACAUUCCAUAUGCUUCUUGGUGCUAUUGUAGGAUGGGCCAUAUUGAGUCCUAUAGCCAAGCACAAUGGGUGGGCGCCAGGACCUGUGGACGACUGGGAAACAGGGAGCAAGGGCUGGAUCGUCUGGGUCAGCCUGGCAAUCAUGUUGGCCGAUGCAAUCGUCAAUCUGGGUUGGCUGUUCCUUCGCCCAACCAUUCACUAUGGUCCGGGUUGGAUCAAGUCUCUCCGCGGGCACUACAGGGCUAGCCCUUCCUGGUCCGACUUCUUACUCGGUAAACAACUUGCCGGUUAUAUCUCCCUCGACUCAUCCGCACACGCGCCUCCGUCUUCUCCUACCGGCAACCCGACAAAGACGACACCUAACGAUCCUCCUGACGAUGCACCGCCUCACCACCUCGUGACCACGCGAACUGUCGCCAUCUUCCUUCCCAUCACGCUGAUCCUUUGCGUUGUAUGCAUCCACAUAACCUUUGGCGAUUACAUCCCUAUCGGACUCAACAUCCUUGCCAUCCUUCUCGCCUUGGUACUGUCCAUCAUGGGGGUCCGCGCACUUGGGGAAACCGAUUUGAAUCCCGUUUCUGGAAUCUCGAAGCUCACCCAAUUGGUGUUUGCCUUGAUCACACCAACUGGUCCACAUGCAAACCACAGCAUAAUCAUCAAUCUGCUCGCAGGAGCUGUAAGCGAAGCGGGAGCACUUCAAGCUGGCGACAUCCUCCAAGAUCUCAAAGCCGGACAUUUAAUUGGGGCGUCACCCAAAGCUCAAUUCUACGGUCAGCUUAUAGGGAGUGUCGUGGGUGCUUUUGUCUCUGCUGCAGUCUACAAGUUGUACGUCUCCGUCUACCCAAUCCCAGGGGACUUGUUUGAGAUACCCACAGCCUAUGUUUGGAUCUUCACUGCACGAUUGGUGACGGGCAAGGGUCUUCCUCCCAUGGCCUGGCAGUUCGCCCUCCUCUUUGGCGUGGUAUUUGUCCUCACAACCACUCUGCGGAUAUACCUACUCGCAUAUAGGGAUUCCAAGCCCUGGUGUAAGGCUUUGCACCCGUGGAUCCCAGGAGGUAUUGCAGUGGCAGUGGGCAUGUACAACACUCCCAGCUUCACACUGGCGAGGACUGUUGGCGGCGUGAUCUCUCUCUGGUGGGUACGAUGGAAAGGGAGAGGGGAGACGAGGGUCAUUGUGCUGGCAAGUGGCUUAAUUCUAGGAGAAGGCGUGGUUAGUAUUUUGAACUUGGUACUGGCGAGUUUGGGGGUACCGCAUUUAUGA